AUGGAAUUGGAAGCCGUUUCAAAUCCUGUUUCGCAGGAUCAGCUGAAGAUAGAAGAGAAGAUCGCCAACAUUAAAUCCGGCCUUCGCAAGGAGCUGAUUAACUUGGUGAUGUGGCGCGACUGGCGUAAGACGUUGGUUGCUCUUAUGAUACUGCAAGCUAUCAUCUUUGAUCUCACCUACAAGUCAGUAAUCAGUGUGUUGAGCAUUCCGGCUUUCACUACCCUCGUCGUAAUGAUUGGGUACCGGGUCUAUGUCCAGAUCCGCCAGUGGAUGGCCAACUCGCCAAAAACGGCGAAUCCCUACCAGAGCUACCUAGAUAUGGACAUCUUCAUAUCCGAGGAGGUGGCCCAACAGAUUGCUCUUCUGCUGGCCACCGAGGCUAACAGCUUCCAUAAGAAGCUGAUAUCUCUGAUGGUGGGGGAAAAGCCUUUGGAAUCGGCCAAGUGGGUUGGCAUCCUGGCUACGGCGGCUUUUGUGGGUGAGAUCUUUAAUGCGACUACGGUUAUGCAACUGGGGCUAAUAGUUCUUUUCUCAUUACCAAAACUUUAUGAGUGGAAGCAACCAAUCUCUGACUUCCACGCUCAGGCUUGUCAAAAACUCAAAAAGUGGGCUGAUUCGUUUGACACCCAAUUACAAACUAAAACCCAUCCCAAUGGAGAUUCCGUAAAAGAACUUCAGAAAGUUCACAAUGUAAUUAAAAAAACAAUUGUUUUAAUUAAGGAAGCUAAAAAAUCUCAACCCAAUUGUAACACCGAAGAAGUGAUGAAAAUUGAAAUUAGUGCUGAAGCUUUUGAGAAAUUAGACGACUCCUGGAAUCCAGACGACUAUCCAGUGGUCGUAAAGAACGAAUAAAAUUGUACACAUAGUUUUCCAUCAUUUCGAUAUAUUGUAAACCCCUUUCACAAAUUUACUAUAAUAUUUGGAGUUACGUUAAUGUUAACAAGAUGGAGGAAAAAAACAUAUAUGUAUUACUGAAUAAAGCUUUCCGAAAGGAAUUUUUUCCUCCACAAA